AUGAACGUGUGGGAAAUCAACAAGCGCCUGAAGGACGAACAGGAUGAGAAGUGUCUCCGUCGUUCCUGCUACGGCGAGGGUGACAACGAUGAUCAGAGCGAGGUUUUGAUCGGCUUUUCUGACGCGACGACCGGGCGGCAGCGAUCGCAGCGCCUCGGCCGUGCGGCUCGUCCGGUUCCGGUGUCUGUACUCUCCAGACUGCCGCAACAGCUACAUUCGCGACAGUCAAGUGAAGAGUCGCUCCCA